AUGAACGUGGCCAUGCUGCAUCUGCGAAUAAGUUUAAAGUCAUCUACUCCCUACCUGAACGCUGCUUCAAAGGAUUCCGGAAUUAUAACAGAGGACACCACAACCACCGGGACGGGUACAACGCCAGUCAAGACUGCCCCAAUUAGUACAAGGAAAAACAAUAAUGAAGCUACAAAAGCCGUGAUCAAAUACCCAAUCACUUUUCUCGUUGUUAUCUUCAUUUGUGAGUUGUUGGCUCCUUUUGAUUAA